AUGGAAGAGGGUCGUAAGCUGUAUGGGAAUCUCGGGGUAGCUGAUCUCCCCCCCAUAACAGCAGGCAUCCUUCGUGCUAAUUGUCAAAUGGGCACUCAGUACAAAGUGGAGAAGACUGGCAGAAGUUCAUACCAUGUGAGCCGUGACACUGGAGCCAAGGAGGAGCGUGUGGUGGUAGAGGUUGCAAAGCCAGAGGAGGCGCAGUGCACGUGUAAUUACCAGAGAGAGUAUGGGCUGCCAUGCAUGCACAUGUAUGCGGUACUGCUCCACAUCAUCAAGCCGGCACGUGGCAACGAGUAUGGGGCGGGGAGGGCAGGAGCAGAGAGUGGGGCGGGGAGGGCAGGAGCAGAGAGUGGGGCGGGGAGGGCAGGAGCAGAGAGUGGGGCAUGGAGGGCAGGAGCAGAGAGUGGGGCAUGGAGGGCAGGAGCAGAGAGUGGGGCAUGGAGGGCAGGAGCAGCCGAGAUCGGGACAGGGAGGGGAGCAGCCGAGAUCGGGACAGGGAGGGGAGCAGCCGAGAUCGGGACAGGGGGAGGAGCAGCCGGGAGCGGGGCAGGGAGGGGAGGAGCAGCAGGGAGCGGGGCAGGGAGGGGAGGAGUACCAGGGAGCGGGGGGGGAAGGGGAGGAGUAGCAGGGAGCGGGGGGGGAAGGGGAGGAGUAGCAGGGAGCGGGGCAGGGAGGGGAGGAGUACCAGGGAGCGGGGGGGGAAGGGAAGGAGUAGCAGGGAGCGGGGGGGGAAGGGGAGGAGUAGCAGGGAGCGGGGCAAGGAGGGGAGGAGUAGCAGGGAGCGGGGCAGGGAGGGAAGGAGCAGCAGGGAGCGGGGCAGGGAGGGGAGGAGUACCAGGGAGCGGGGGGGAGAGGGAAGUAGCAGUGAGCGGGGCGAGGAGGGCAGGAGCAACAGGGAGCAGGGCGGGGAGGGGAGGAGCAUCAGGGAGUGGGGCAGGGAGGGGAGUCGAGAGUGCGGCAGGGAGGGGAGCUGCAGGGAGCGGGUCGGGGAGGGAAGGUGCUGUAGGGAGCGGUGGAGUGGCGGACUGA